AUGGCUUGUAUCUGCUUUCGGUUUAAAAGGAAUUCGACGGAUGAGACAAAAAUUAUCCCAGAAAGCGAUGUUAACUGCAACACUUUUACUGAUAAUCGAAUUCCGCUAACAGAACGGCAAAAGUUUUUGCUAAUUAAAAAUUGGAAAGGAAUUUCGAGAGAGGUUACUGAAGCGGGCGCAAAUAUGUUUAUCAAAUUUCUUUCCGAAAAUCAAGAAUAUUUCAAUUUUUUUAAUUUUCGAUCUAUUGUCGAUGAACCGAAAGAAACACAACUAAAUGACGAACGCUUAAGAGCACAUGGCAAAGCUGUAAUGACAUUAAUCGGAGAGGCUAUUUGGUACAGUUUUAGAAGUUUUGUUUUCAUGCGUUUUUGUCAAAUUCUUAAAAAACGAAAAGCAAAAUUAGGUACAUCUGCUAAAUAUUUUAUGAUAUUUUAUCGCCUACGAACUCUACAAAAUAUGUGUAAAUAUCAGCCAAAUUGUUAG